AUGACGGUCUAUACUUCGGACGCGGCUGCUUUGGAGGCGGCUGGAAAGAAGCAGGUGUUAAAGCGGGAAUGGAAUUUCUGGGCCCUCCUGGGGAUGUCAGCAACAACGUUAUGUACCUGGGAAGCCACCAGUGCCUUGUUCGCGGGUGCAUACACCAACGGCGGGCCUGCUUCCGUGGUGUACGGUUUCAUCGUCUCUGUCUUUGGAACGCUAUGUAUUGCAGGAUCUUUGGCUGAAAUGGCAUCUAUUUCUCCAAUCGCCGGGGCGCAGUACCAUUGGAGCGCAGAACACUCGCCGAUCAAAUGGCGCUCCCUGAUUAGCUACAUCCAAGGUUGGAUCACGAUCACUGGCUGGGUUGCCGCUGUAGCCUCGGUUUGCUAUUUGAUCGCCACUAUGAUCCAGGGGGUGGCCAUUCUCAAUUAUACCGGAUAUCAAGCCGAAAGAUGGCAUGCCACUCUGAUAAUGAUCGCAUUUGCCGGUAUUGCAGCUCUCGGGAACACCUUUGGAAAGAAGUUGUUACCGCUUUGGGAGACAUUGGGAGGCAUUCUACACGUUCUGUUCUUCUUCAUUGUCAUGAUUGCUAUUCUGGCCACAAGCGAUAAAGCUAGCAACCACGAGGUCUGGGGAACUUUGAUCAAUGAUGGUGGUUGGAGUAGCGACGGCGUAAGUUUCUGCUUGGGGUUUCUUACUCCUGCCUUUGCUCUGGCCGGAGUGGAUGCUGUUGUGCACAUGAGUGAAGAGGCCUACGAUGCGCCCCUGAAUGUCCCACGAGCAAUGAUUUGGUCAGUCGUGAUCAAUGGGACCGCCGCGUUCGCCUAUAUCUUGACGAUCCUCUACGCCAUUACCGACACCGAUGCUGUCUUUGAAACGCCGACCGGGUAUCCCAUCAUUGCGGUUUUCCUGCAAGCGACAAAGAGCCAGAAAGCGGCCACCGCGAUGAUGACAGCCGUCAUCCUUGUCUUCUCUAUGAACCUCUUCGGAUGCAUGGCUUCGGUCUCACGCUUAAUUUGGGCGUUCUCUCGUGACAGAGGCCUGCCGUUCUCCGGGUUUUUCUCCCACAUCACAGCAUGGAACAAAUGUCCGACAAACUCUGUACUGGCGAUCUUUAUUUCAGUCUCCCUACUCUCGCUGAUCAACAUUGGUUCGACCACUGCUUUCAACGCCUUGAUCUCUUUGACAACCCUGGGCUUCUAUUUCUCCUACGCCAUUCCAACAGUUCUGUUCGCCAUGCGCCGAUUUAGCGUCGAAAAUCCCAUCAGAUUUGGACCAUGGACGAUGGGCAAAUUUGGCCUAGCAAUCAACAUUCUGUCGCUUAUGUUCUGUGUCUUCCUCAUCAUCUUCCUGCCCUUCCCGCCAAUGCUUCCGGUUAUUGGUCAGAACAUGAACUAUGCUUCUCCUGUCUUCGUGGGAGUCAUGGUCAUCGCAGCUGUCAACUACUUCCUUCGAGCCCGGAAGCGAUUCCAUGGUCCUAUCAAGGAGGUUACUAGCGAGACCAGCAGUGAACAUCUCGAUCAUGAGUCGGUGAUACCUGAGAAACAGGCGCCGCAAUCUGCAUGA